GCAGCUUGCAAUUUGUUUAUUUUUAUUUCGCUAAACAAUACAAGUGACGGCGCGCAGUACAAACACUAUCGCAACCGCACCACAAGCACACACACACCCACACGGAGGGGAAUAACAAGAAACUGUUGAAAAUUUAACGAAAUAACGACACAAAAACCAGUGGCUAAAAAGCAACGAAAAUGGAAAUUGAAAAAAUGGCGUAUUAAAAUUAGUUGCUUUUGCCUGCAGCAACAAAAAAACGGUACUUUGCGCUGGCGUUCUCCUUCGAUCGCCAUCGCCGCUUUCAGUUUGGUCUCAUCGCUCCGAGCGUCCAGAACGUAACCACUAUUGCCCGAUGCUUGAGGAGUUGCUGGUUAGCCGGAGCAGCAUCUUCGCGUCGGCACGUACGUGUCCGUCUCCGCCAUUAUCUGUGAUUUUCCAUGGCCGGGAUGGAGGUGAAGGUGGAGGAACAGAAGCAGCAGCUGCUACUGGAUACCCUGAACCAACUGUGGACCCAAUAUCUCCAGGCCUCGGAGCAAGAAGAUACAAGUGUCAAGGACCACUGGCUCUGGCUGUUAUUGUAUAAUUUCCAGUUUCUGGACGAUGUGGCUCUGGAAGAUGCAUGGCUUAAUAGCCACUUCAACCUGCUGCCUGAGGAGCUCUGCUCUUAUUUAUUGGAACAGGUCUACCAAAUCAUUAGCGAGGCGAAGCGAUCUCAGAGCAGCAGUCCGGAGCAGGAACCAGAGCAACAGGACAAGUGCAUCAAGCAGCUGCGUAAGCAACAUAAUCUAGCUCAGCUCAUACUCAGCACCCCAAGUGAUUGCAACAAGAUUCUCGCCCUGCGCACAUUUCUCACCGACAAGUUGGGCCAUCACUUGCUGGCCUUUCUGCUGCGAGUGGAUAUCAAGCACAUUGCCUCCCAAAAGAGCCUCUGCCAGCUGUGUAUCAAUCUGUUCCCGAACUGCAAGUGGAGCCCCGCCAAUCAACCACUAGCUCCACUGACCAGCAUUUCCCAGUUCAUCAACAGCUUCUACCUUGCAUGCCAAAGCAAAAAGCCACGACGACAGCAGCAGCAGCAUCAAAAAAGUCAAUUGACCAGCCAAAAGAUCAAUUUAAUCAUCGAGAAUUUUGAGGAUUUUAAAAAGACAACGAAAAGCAGCGAUGAUCUGGCCCUGUUGCUUAUCCAACUGCUAACGCGGUGUGUGGAUGCCGAACAGGAGUGCCAGCUAAGUGUCACUGUACACAAUUUCGCACUAGGACACUUGUGCGCCAGCUUGGAACAAGAGGAGGAACCAGACAACGAUGAGAUCAUAAAAUUUGAGUUGCUUCAACUCAUUGCCCACUGUGUGAAUAACUUUUACAUCCUGGAGCAGCAACAGCCAAAUGUCCAUGACUUUAAUAGCAAUUUCGGGCAACUCCUCUACGCACUGACCGCCAAUCGGAGGAGUCCUUUGCUCUCCCAUGGUGUGCUCUACAUAAUGUUUGGCUCUCUACACAAUCUGGUGGAUAAUGGGGUGCGGGAGCUCAGCCAGAUCGAUGUACGAAACUUUGAUGCCUGCUUCGAAGUCUUGCAGGAGGCAACCAAGUCCAUCUCGACUUCUAUUUUAUUCCUGCACAUAUAUAAGCUGCUGUUGCGACUGACAGACAACCUGUCGCGACAGGAACAGCAUCUGCAGAGUCUGAUGGAAAGCAGCACUUCGACCACAUUGCCCAAGCAACAACAUACCCGCCACAAAAGGCAGAGAAGCAGUCAAUUGCAUUGCCUGGGAGCCGGUUCCCUGAGCUGCUAUUUCCAGGGCAAACUCUACCAACUGCUGCCCAGCCUGGAGGCCGAGUUGCAAGAGCACAGUGUACGGAGUCUGCUCCGCACCGGAAGCUGUUGCUGUCACUACAAUGCGAGGAACUUUGCCACCUGUCUGCAGCUCGCCACUCAGCUAUCAUCGAGCAGUUACCAAAAGUGUGCCUAUAAAUUUCUCCACUAUAAUGUUUUGCAUACAAUCUUUGUGAAGCGAGCUCCUCAAGGUUGUCCCAGUUGCGAAGAGAAGCUCAAGUCGCCUGGCUUUCACCUGGAUCUGCUGAGUAUCUACAAGGAGAACUACAAGCCGCUGCUAAACACACCCGCUAUGCUUCUAUUUUUGAAGCAUUUAAAACACAUUGCGUACUUGCUUUCCUAUGACUUGGCCGCUGGCAUUCUGGCCGAGGUGGCUUUGCCCAUAUUCCGCCAACACAAGGAGCUGAUUGAGAGCAGGGACAAUCCAAGGCGGAACAGCAAACUCUCGCCCCUGCAGUUACCUAGCAAAUUGGAUAAUUAUCGUGCUCUCCACGAAUGCUUGAGCAUAUUUGUGAUGUACUUGAGCGACAUUCGAUUGGUGAAAGCCUUCUACAACGAGGAGAAUAUUCGCUACAUGCAGGAUCUACUGGUCAUACCCGAACUGCAGCGUGGAGUAUGUGAUCUCAUCAAGGUGGGCAUUGAUAACAUCGCCUUUCUUGGCGAAAACAGCCAGGAACAGAUAACGCUGAGCAGACGACUCAUCCAACUGCAGCUGAAUAGCAGCGAUAAAGCAUCGCAGCUAUUCCAGGCCUUGCUGCUCAAGUGUGCCAAGAAUUCGCGUAGCAAAUUCUGGCUAGACGAGGUUUGUCCCUCAAAUUCACUCAAGCUCGAAGGACACAAGCCAGCGGACAUACUCUACAUAACGGCCUUGCAAUGGACCCUGAACUUCGAGCUGCUCAAGACCAGCCAGUUGUUCUACAACGAGUUUGCCAAAAUCUACUCGAUACCCGUGGAAAUGUUGGACAACGAGGACGAGGAGGUGGAAUCACCAGCGGGAGACCGUGAGCUUCCGGAGGAGAAGAAGCUGCGGCAUGGGGAUAAAAACAUCAUUGACAUACUCAAGCUCAACUACAAUGCUCUGGGAUGUUUCCUCAUGCUACCCAAAGCCGCAAUGGGAGCAACCACAACCACAACAUCCACCAUAACCACGCCCACCGCAGCUGCCGCCGGCAUUUGCAACUCAAGUUCAUUGGAAACGCUGGUCUCUCAGCUGCCACUCGGCGGUGCCACCUCAGUUUCAGUCUCGGUCACAACGGCUGCCAGUUCAGACUAUGCGGAUUCCUCUCUAGACUACGCCUCGGUAAUUGAUAGUUACUCUCGGGAUACAGCCGCACCCUCGUUCCUGGAGCAUCUCCGUGCCAGUGAGCCGGACGAGAGUAUAGUGCUCUUUGACAUCCGUGGCAGCAGUCAGCAACCAACAGAUAGCACGAAGGACUCUACCACAUCAUCUCUGAUCCUGCCAAACGAAGAGGAAGUGGCUGCUGCCGAUGGCCUAAUCAACAAGCUCUUCAACAUUGUGGGCUCCAUAUUCGGUGGCAGCGGCAGUCCGGGAAGAAACUCCCCCACAAGUGAUAAUAUUGAAGCGGAUUUGCUGUGCCUAUACGAACCAAACGGGGAAUGCAAGAAACUCUUGCUCAAACUCUUCGAGGCAACCAUGGCCAUAUGCAUCAAAGGGUUCCAAAACGAGGAAGUGGAGAAGAUGCAAAAGCACCUGCGCAAGCUUCGCGCUAUUAUUCUGACCCAUGCUUCGGAUAAUUGGUCGGAGCACGGGGAGCAGCAUGCCCGAGACAAUGCAGUGAUCCAGACCCUACAGACCCUGCUAAAGAUAGCCGAGCUGUCGAGCAGCCAGCAUCAGGAACACCCAGCGGGCGUGGUCAGCAGUCCAUCGGGAGACUCGCAACAACCACGACCACGUGCUCGAUCCUUUAACAGCGGCAGCGUGGAGUUGCCUCGAUUGUUGCAGCCGGUUAAGCUACCGGCAAAGAACUCCCUAGCCACACCACCAACCCCCAGAAGGAGACCCAACUCCAGUGAGAUUAAUGCUGGUGGCGUUGAUGCGGAUUAUUUUUCUACCAGGGCAUCCUUGAGUUGUGCAGCCGACAGCGAACUGGAGCUGAGCGAAAAUGAACACGAGUUUUACCUCACGGCCGACGAGGGUUACGAGGCGGAUGGCGAGAUCGCAGAUCUAAGCGAAUCCGAGUGCGAACUCAAUGGCGGCGUGAUGGCAGCCAACGAAUCGUGGACUCCCUUUCAGCCCUCCUCCCGUUAUCGCACCCACAUCAUGCACCAGGGCCUCAGCCAGCUGGUGGUGCAAAUGCUGGCCGAGCUGUCGCAACUGUGUAUGAAGCAACCGAACGGUUGGACCGAGAGCCUCACCCAGCUGGCAAAUCGAUUGUUCGUAAUCAGGGAUUAUCUGGGCGGACCUCUUUGCCUGCUUAAGGGAUUUGCUCCGAUCUUAAGCUGUAGCGAUCCGAGAUUGAGGGAACUACAGCAAUCAAUCCUUGAGCUCAUUACUCACCUGAAUACACCAGAAAUACUGCAGUGCUACUACUCGAUUCUGGCCUCGAGACAGCCUCCAGUGGAUCUGCUCAUGCGCCACAUGCAUCACAUAUCAGCAGGAUCGUUGCGAAAAGCUCAGCCCUGCAUGGAGCUGGAGUUUCCAAUUACCACAGAUGGCAAGAUUGUGAUCACUUCGGAGCCACUUGUCAGUGAGCAAAUCGAACGGAUACGACUACAUCACCUGCAAUGUCAGACAAGCACUCUAUUCACACGGGCUGCCUGCAUUUUUCCGGUGACCCAAACACGGCUUUGGCAACCCGAUGGCCUAACACUAUCCCUCUGGAUGGAGCUAAGGGGGCAGCAUAUCCAUCGCAACUCUAUGCAGUUCAAUGACGAUGAGACACGUUACUCGGGAGAGGAUUUGACUAAACUUCACCUACUCUCACUGGGCACCAACCAGGCCAUGGUCAGCAUUUACAUAAGCCACAACAUGCAGCUAAUCUUCGAGCUGGUCAAGCCCAAUGAGCAACUGUCACCAGUUCGCGUGGAAGAGCAUAUGGAUGCCAGUGCUGAGACAGCCUCUGUGAUUUCCGCCAAUACGCAGGCAGCUGCGGCAGCCAAUGGUGGAAGUAUUCGGCAAGCACUGAAGCAGACCAAGCUAGCGCUACUCAACAGUUUCGGGCAAAUGCACUUGCUCAAUGGACACCAGUCGGCGGUGGCUGAUUCCUCCGGCGGAUAUUUCGAGGGUUCGGCUGUGCAGCUGCCGCAUCUGCGAUUGCCUCGCCACAAGUGGAUGCAUCUGGUUUUUGGUUUGCAGCAACAAGGAGAUGCCCUGGAGAUUAGCAUUUUUCUGGAUGGUCUGGAGCAACACACUAUGCGCCUGCCGUUCCAUAAUCUCCGCCAGCUGACGCGGGUGCACAGUUUCCAGAUGCUGGCCUUGGGAGAGGGACAACCGACUAGAAGUCCCGGUAGUAAUUCCUCCUCAUCGCGGUCCACUCUUGAUGGAUCUUAUCCUCGUUACGCUCUGUCCAAUGUAAUUCUCUUCCGGCGUCGAUUGGUGGACCCCUCGCUCAUGAUGAAUCUGACAGCCAUGGGUCCGGAUUUCACGGAGUUCACCCAGUGCCAAGUGGCCAACUGGAAGCCCAACUAUAGCUUUGUUAAUUUGGGCAAGCUGGCCUCGUCAAAUUUCGGCAAUCAUCCGGACUGCAUGCGGCAACUGAGGCAGGCCAGAGUCCUGGUUUACACUGCCCAGCAGCCUGAUCUGGUGAUGAGCUACGAUGCCAGUCAGGAGCUGGACAUGGCCUGCUACGGGCAGCCGCAUGGACAUAUGCUGUAUGGUGAGCUGUUGCAGCACCAACCGCAGACCCUCCAGGCGGCCACUUCCCUUAGCGGCGGCCUGUCAACGCUACUGUAUCUAUUUGCCAGGAUUGUGGAGCUCAGUAGCAAUGCCAAUACCCAGGCAUUGGCUCUGGACUUGCUGCUUCAGGUGGCCCACUCGGAUGCUCAGUUGUACACAGAGUUUCAGCGACAGGAUUAUCUGGCACUCAUUGGCUAUGUCAUCAAAUCGGAGAAAUGCAGCAAGGAUGUGCAGCUACUGCGUAGUAUUGUGAACAAUGCCUGUUCCCAGGUGCUGAUCAGCAGGAAAGGUGAAUCCCUGAAUGUAAACGACAAUACGAUGGCCACUUUGGUAUAUCCCCGUCUUGUGCUGGCCAUCCUGCAGCGCUACUCGGACUGGCAUCGCUCCGGGGCCACCCACUCCGACGUUCUCGACAUGCUCUUUCGCUGUAUUUUAGCAUUGACACGGGAUAAGCAUCCGCAGCGUGAUUUCAACAUGGAACAGCUGCAGAAAUGCGGCUUGUUGGUGGCUCUACUCAAUCUCUGCAAGGUCUACGUCAUCGAGUCUCCGAGUCCAGUUCAGAUUUCACCCUAUGCCGCCGAGUGUUUUGUCCAAAUUCUGGCGGUAUUCGCGGGAUCACCUCCAGAUUCCUCGAUGCUGGAUGAGAUCAUGAAGCUGCUGCUGCUACUGCACAAGCCUAGUGAGUGUUAUGUGACCCAUGACCGGACACACUUCUAUUUCCUCCUGACGGCUCAGCAACCGGCCAAGGAGAGAUCUUUGGUGGCAACUAAUUUGAGUAGAGUCACCACUUCACUGCGUCGGCAACUGAAUCCUCCCCAGCCCGAGGAGCUAGAUCCCGAACGAGCAGAGAGAAUCAAAAAACUACGACGCUUGCAUACUAGCUCAUCGGCUUAUAGGAAAGCCGUCAACGAUUUCGAGGAGCAACUAGAACAGAUGGCCGACUGUUCGAACCUGAACAAGUCCGCUCUGCGACUACUGAGUCCCGUUGAGGCAACGCGUUGGCGUUUGAAGUUCAAGCGGCGGCAUCCCACGAACAUGUCCACUGGAAGUCCCAAGCGAAGUCCGCUAAAGAUAGCCCGAAGGCGCAUCCAUCCGCACCUGCAUCUGGGCAAGGUGUGGCAGCCAUCAGGACAUAGUACUCCCAGCUCGGGACAGUUAUCCCUGCCGAAUAGGAAGACGGAUUUUUACGAUCAGCCGGGCAUUAUUCGACUGCAGCAGCGUCUGCUCAUUCUGCUCAAGGACUUUCUGUGCCUGCUGCCAGACUCCGCGGUGGAUGUGGUUACCCGUCACUAUGUAAAGCUGGAAUUGCUCCUGGUGCUGGCCAAUCAGCGAAGUUGUGCGGUCAGGCAGGCCGUUAUUCAGCUCCUUGAAGUCCUAACAAAGCGUUUGGCCAGCGGAGAACUGAACGCUGCCACAAAGUCGCUGUAUCCUGUGCAUCUUGCCAACCAAUUGACCAUCCAUAGCUGUGAUAUAGGCAUGUUUGAAGCCUGUCUGGCUUGGACUAGCGGCGUCCAUGGCAGCCUGGCGGAUAUGUUGAACGGCGAGGCCCCACUCAGGAUACGUCAGCGCUUUGGCUUGCAGGCCCUGCUGGCCAUAGCCGAGGGAACUGAGCCACAGCGGGUAUUUAAGGCCUUGUUGAGGCUCUAUUUGCAGAAUCCCGAUGAUCAGACAUGUCUGAUUGAAUCUGGGCUGCUGCAGUGUUCGGUCAAGGCUUUGUUCAAGAUCUACUCUCUACGCUUGGGUCAGCCCAAUGCAGAUGAGUCGAUUGUAGAGUUGCUGGCGAGUAUUGGUGAGCGAGCUCUACGCUCAGUGGGUCAAAUCAAUCUCGUUUGGGACAUACUCAACUUACUGGUCUUCUACCAGGACAAGCAGCCCCAGCUGAUCAUGCGCAGCUUCCGCACUGUGCAAGCUCAGCUACAGCUUGAGUGGUUGACUAAACUCUUUGAGCCAAACAGCUUCCGGAUACCGACCAACGACUCCGCACUCAGUCCCACGGAAUUACGCACCCGCGUGGAACUCCUUAUUGAUCGCUGCACACAGUUUUUCACCGUGGGCGUGGCGCAGACCACGGGACCCAACUAUGUGGCCAGUUCCCAGGAGUUAGCUCUCUUCCAGCUCCUCGUUUCCUAUGGAAUUUCGAGCAAUCAGCGUUGCAACAACUUCAUCGCCUGGGGUCUGCAACCUUCGCGGCCGCGGGACCUGCGUUCCUACAUUGUGGACGCUCUGUGGCGAGCGCAGCAGCAGGAGCGAGCUAUUAUUUGCGAUGGGAAAAUGAUAAAAGCUUUGCUGUGGCUCUCUUUGCUCGAAGACAUGGCAGAACCCAUUGAGAAUUUGCAGAGACUUUGUGAUGUCUUGGGAAUCAAGGAAAAUGACUCGUCUUGGAAUCUGGUGCACGAAUUGGAUCGUCUCGACCAAAACCGCAACAAUAUGACAGCCAAGCACAAAACGUUGCUGGAGAAGACUAUCUACAGAUUCGAGCCGUUGGUACAGCAUUGCAUUGAAUCCUCCAUGGUGACAACUAGGAAGGUGGCCGAACUGCAGAAUGCCGAACGCAAGGCUCUGAUGUGUCACAUGAAGGUGUAUGAUGACACCUACACCUACACCAAAUGGCUGGAGAUCAUACGACGGAUGACCCACGAGGGUGCACCCUGGCAUUGUGCUGAGAGAGCUGAAAGCUCGUGGGAACUGGACGACACGGAGGGACCUUCGAGAGUCCACACUAGGUUACGCCGCUGCCACCUGGACAUUGAUCGGCGCUUUUUUAUGCAGGAAUACAGGCCGGGAAAGGGACAACGCGAGGAUCUUGAACCCUACACGCGUCCCUUGGACUACCUUAUAUCCAGUUACGAUCAGCAAUUGAACAUAUCGCUCAACUCCCAAAUUUUAUACAACUUUGCCGCCAAGUUCCUGCCCGUUGACGGUGAGAUUGAGGGCGAGAUUAUUAUAACCGACCUGAAGCUAUAUUUCCUGGCCACGUACCGAUGCCGGUACUUCAACGUCAACUGUGAUAUUGCCAACAUAACGGAGAUCUGGCUGAAACGUUACCAGCAUCAGGAGACGGCCUUUGAGAUACUCCUGGACACGAACAAGUCGCUGUUCUUCUCGCUGCAGAACGCUGACGAUUGGAAGAUCAUGCGCGAGGUAUUCUGUGAUAAAAUCGUGGCCACGCCCGAUCAGGCCAAGGUGCUGGCCAUCACGCAGCAGUGGCGCGAGGGACUGCUCACCAAUUGGGAGUAUCUGAUGACACUGAACCAAAUCGCCGGACGUACUUACAACGAUCUCAUGCAGUACCCCGUGUUUCCCUGGGUGCUUGCCAACUACAGCUCGGAGAUUUUAGAUCUCAGGGAGGGACAGAACUUCCGACGUCUAGGACGACCCAUUGCCGUUCAAGUGGAGGAAAAUGAGAAGCACUACGUUAGCAACUAUAUGUACAUUGACAGUACAAACACGACCAUGGGCUCGCUUAUCCUUAAGCCUUAUCACUACAGUUCCCAUUACUCGAAUUCCGGCACUGUGCUCCACUUCUUGGUGAGGGUUCCACCGUUUACGAGCUAUUUUCUGCGCUAUCAAGACAAUGACUUCGAUCUUCCCGAUCGCACGUUCCAUGCGUUGAACACUACCUGGCUACUGGCCAGUAGGGACAGUCCCACAGAUGUUAAGGAGCUCAUUCCGGAAUUCUUCUGCCUGCCGGAAAUGUUUGAUAACUUUGAGCGCUUCAACUUUGGCUGUCGGCAGAAUGGUGAACGUGUGGAGGAUGUCUCACUGCCUCCGUGGUGUCAGCGAGAUUCGCGGCUCUUUGUGCUUAUUCAUCGACAGGCUUUGGAAUCGGAACUGGUACGAAAUCAGAUUCAUAAUUGGAUUGAUUUGAUCUACGGCUACAAGCAGACCGGAGAGAGUGCCGUCGAGGCCAUCAAUGUAUUCCAUCCGGCAACCUACGCCGUCUUCCUUGACUCGGAGAUAAGCGAUCCAAUUGAACGGGAGGCGGUCAAGACGAUGGUAAAGACGUAUGGUCAAAUGCCACGACAGCUCUUCAAAUCGCCACAUCCGGCUACUAAGGCGCUGGACUAUGCAUUGGUGGACAAACCAAUAGUGUCCACAGUUCGUGGCCUGCGCUGGGGCGUCUAUGUGGGAUCGCCGCAGCUAAAGCCACCUUCUUGGGCCAACAUCCACAAAAUUCCCGGCACCGAGCACUUGGUGAGCUUCAGCAACACGAAUGUGGUUUACGCACUGCCUGCUAGAGCCAGUGUCAUGCAAGGAGCCGAGCCGGACACGUAUAAUGUCAUCUCGUGGGGCUACGAUGAUCGAAUUGUGAGGAUCCAACCUCUGAAUAAACCACAGGCAAAGCCGAAAAACUUGCUGCACAAUGGAACCUUUGACGACAUCACCGCCUGUGGUUGCGAUGUUAACUCGAAUCAGCUUUGGUUUGGUCACAAAUCUGGUCGUGUGAGUGUGUACAAGUGUGCCGGUGGACUGGACGCUGCUCACCAAAGAGCGUCCGCUAAGGGCAGGCAGAGCUAUGUUCGUGGUUUCAGUCUGUCAUACAACUCAGCUUUCCGUAAGAUGACCAGCAAAGGCAUGACAGUCGGUGGCUCUGACAGAUCAGACGAAGCGGGCAGUCUUCAUGCUACGCACUCCGCGUCCUCAGUGAACUCGUCUAUCAAUUCAUUUUCUGGUGAUGCCCUACAGCGUGAUGGCGCCGAUCUAACAUGGCUUGGACCGACAUUGCUGGUGCGGCACACGGAUGAGAUUACUUGUAUUACCCUGUCCGUGGAGUUCAAGAUUGCGGUUACCGCCGGCCGUGAUGGUAUAGCUGUCAUUUGGGACCUCAAUGAUUGGAGCUACGUGCGGACGAUUGCCCGUCCGGCAGAGAUUCACCAAUCGCCCAUAACGCAUGUGGCCAUCAGUCCCACAUUGGGUGACAUUGUCACAGUACAUACACUGCCCGCCCAGCCCUCAGCAAUGGAUGCACAGUCUCCAGCAGCUGCUGUUGCCACAAGACCGACAUCUCUAGCAGUUGUGGCCGACGAGUGCUUUGAGGUAACCGAGGAGAACCUAGAUGACUUUGUAAAUGUGAACGUGAAUCCCAACGGCAAGUCUAUUCUGCGUCUGCACUCGGUCAACGCUCGGUAUGUGCAGCAUCUGGUUCACGAGGAUCGUAUCAUGGCCGUGUGUUACUCGUACAUCAAAGAGGGAGUGGGUGUUAAUGUGAUAGCCACCGCCGUAGAGGGUGGAUUUGUGCGGUUCUGGUCCAGCUGGAACUUGAGCUUUGUCAGUGAACUGACCACGGGCACUUCGCCAAUUCGCAGCAUCUCUUACUCGACACAUCAGCAUUUGGUGGUGCUAACGCGGGAGUCCCACAUACAGGUGUGGGAAUCCGAGGGCCUCUAUGGAAAUGCCCCAAAGUUUCCGCAAAUUGUCUACAAAUGAGCAUCGCUUUAAACUCUAAACAUACUCAAUGAACUCACACACUUAAGGCAUAUCAAUGACAGACAGAUAAUAAAUUAAAAAGCAGCUGAAUCAAAGAACAAAUAUUGUGUCGCGGUCACCGAGGAUAUUUUCCUUGCUUCUAAAAGAUAUACAUACAUAUAAACAAUUUUCCCUUCGUGACCCCCACAAAAAUUGGGUAUAUCAGAUGAAGACUUUAUAAGAUUCCUAGGCUUACGUCUCAUAGAGCUGUAAAAUACACACACACACCUUUUGUACCAAAACUUUUUAUUAUGAUUUAUAUUAUACUUUUCGUAUUUUUGUUUUUCCCGCGCAGCAUCAAAAUGCAAGCGCUGCCUUCAAUAUUGUUGAUAUUAUUAAAUAAAAACUAUCAUAU